CAAGCUACCGACACACUCCCACACAGUCUUCUCUUCUUCUUCUCAUCACAAGCAACGAACAAACAGUUGAAGCAUGAUGCAGCAAUUUGCAGGUUCUUCUUCAGCAACGGAAAUAGAUUACGGUUGGGAAUUCGACUUCGAGGACUUCUUCCCCUCCAUGGUGGCGACCUUGGGAGCAGAAGGCUUCCUCGGCGAGCUCUGCAACGGAUUCUGCCUUCUCAUGGACUCGAACAAAGGAGUGAUCACCUUCGAGAGCUUGAAGACGACGGCAACGCUGCUAGGGUUAGAUGUGAGGGACGAGGAGCUCGUGAUGAUGAUUAUGGAAGGUGACCUGGAUGGCGAUGGUGUCUUGAGCCAAAUGGAGUUUUGCAUUCUCAUGUUCAGGUUGAGUCCCGGGUUGAUGAUGGACCAGAGGCCUAGGUCAAUGUGUGUGGAUGAUAAUACGUAUUAAUUAGUAAGGUGCAUCUUCACGAAAUCUAUCUAUCUCUUGUCCAAGCUAAUUCCUGAGGAAGAAAAAUAAUUAUAAAAAAAGUCUCAAAAAUUAUCAUAUCCUAUUCUAAAGUUACUUAUAUUGUUAUUGAAACUUUUUAGUAAUUAUUUUCUUCCUUAGGAUCUAAUUGUAAUUCUCUCUUAAUUAAAUCAAUUAUGUGCAAUAUUUAGUCUU